GUGCUGUCGGGCUCCGCGCAGACGGAGGGCGAGGAGGAUCUGUUCGUCAGCGCGAUGGAGUCUCCAGAAGCGGCUCGUCUGUCUGCAGAAGACAUCAGCCCCGGCUCUAACGGACCCAAAGCCGAGCCCAUGCUGCUGGACGACGACCCCGACGACCUCUUCGCUGAAGCGACGGAGGAAGUGUCUCUGGACAGUCCAGAGCGUCAUCCGAUCCUGUCAGACGGCCCGUCUCCCGUCAUCACGCCUGUGACACCUGUGAUGAUCAGCUCCAGAGCAGACGUGUUCGACCGCUCGCCGGACCAGGAUGAAGAUGAAGAGGAAAACAGGGACACGUUUGACAUCCAGAUCUCGGUUUCUGACCCUGAGAAAGUUGGUGACGGCAUGAAUGCGUACAUGGUCUAUAAAGUGUUGACCAAAACCAGUCUGUCUAUAUUCAGCAGAGACGAGGUCUGCGUCAAGAGGCGCUUCAGUGAUUUUCUGGGUUUGCACAGUAAAUUAGCCUCCAAGUACAUGCACAUGGGCUACAUCGUUCCUCCUGCGCCUGAGAAGAGCAUUGUGGGAAUGACGAAGGUCAAAGUGGGGAAAGAGGAUCUGUCAUCAGUGGAGUUUGUAGAGAAGAGAAGAUCUGCUUUGGAAAGGUAUCUGCUGAGGACCGUCAAACACCCAGCGCUGCUCAAAGACACCGAUGUCCUGCAGUUUCUGGAGAGUUCAGAGGUACCGUUGCCGUUUCUGAUUAAGUGGUUUGAGGAGAAACAGCAGCAGUUUGACAAUCUGGACGUUCAGCUCAGAAAACUUCACGCUAGUGUGGAAUCACUGGUGUUUCACAGGAAGGAGUUGUCUGUGAACACGGCGUCGUUCGCUAAAAGCGCGGCUAUGCUGGGAAACUCGGAGGAUCAUGUUACUCUGCAGGAAUUCAUGACAGUUAUUGAUUCUUUUAAGCACGAAACAUUUCCAGCCUUUUUAAUUUCUGCGUUUUCCCCGUCACGCCCCACAAAGGAGAUCGAGGAGUGGGAAGGUAAAGUGCAGCAGGGUGAAAGAGAUUUUGAGCAGAUAUCAAAAAACAUCCGUCGAGAGGUUGGACGAUUCGAGAAAGACCGAGUGAAGGAUUUCAGAGUCGUCAUCAUUAAAUAUCUGGAGUCACUAGUUCACACACAGCAGCAGCUGAUAAAAUACUGGGAGGCGUUCUUACCUGAAGCCAAAGCGAUCGCGUAAUUCAUCAAACCGCCGUCUCUCUCUCUAUUCCACAGUAUGAUCAUGCAAGAAAAAGCUGCACAGACUUAAAGAUAACACUACAUUAAUAAACCCAGAAUCUGAAUGUCUUUGUACCUGUUUGGUGUCUGAAGAUCCAGCGAUCGUCUCUUCACGAUUCACAGCUCGUUCGUCUCAGAUUGAAUGUCGUAUUAGGCAAUGAUCCGACAGGGGAAGGCCUUCUGAAGCGAUUUCUGUUCUCCUUUCUCUCGUAUGUACAGAAUGAAGCAUUAUUCUCUCAUAAUCAGUAUUUAAGAGCAUCAAUAAUCGACGAGGCUUAGCUUGUGCAUGAUGGAUGAAUAUACAUAUGUAUAUUUUUUUAUUUUCCUUUGUAGCCUGAAAUUUUGGGACGUUUCUGUUGAUUCAUUGUUCUAACAAAUUUUUUAAUCACAAGUAUUUUUUACUCUACAUACCUGUGCAACCUUAAUAAAGGAAUGAAUCAGUAUCAGAACUGGACUUCAUGUUUUUGGCUUGUAGUUUCUGCACGCUAAAAACUAAAUUUUUGGCUCAAA